CUUCAAACUGUUCGGUCUACACUCUCUGCUCAUAAUAUAUUAAAAUAUUAUUUUGAGAACAGCAAAACAAAAUAACGCAAAUAAUUAUGUUAUUUUAUAUUGUAAUUUCAUGUUUACUAUUAACUUGGAUUAAUCCAAAGGUGAAUGGUGAAUCCGAUUAUUUACCAACACCAGAAGAAUUACAAAAAUUUCAAAAUAAAGAUGGAUUACCAUUAUUUUUGGAUAUUUUGAGACAACAUCAACGUGAUGCUGAUCAAACAUUACAAUCGUUUACUGAUGUUUUAAAACGUGAUUCUGAUUGGAUCUUGAGAGGUUCUAAUAAUGAACCAAUAAAAAGUGAAGCAUGUACUAAAGCUGUUGAUGGUGAACGUCGUAAAUUCGGUAUCUUUAUUAAUGACCAUCUAAACGAUUUUGAAAAAUGUGUUGAUGCAUUUGUUGAAUCAUACGAAAAAGAAAUUUUUACUGCUGAUAUAAAUAAAAUUUCAGCAGAAGCCGCUAAAUGUAUAUCAUUGACAAGAAUGAAUGUCUUCUGGAAUCAAUAUAGGACAUUACUCGAAAAUGCAAAAUCGAUUUGCCUAUAAUAUAAGGAAUUUUAAAAGUGAAUUUUUCUUUUUGAUUUUGAACAAAUAUUUAAAAAUAUUUAAAAUGUAAUUAAGUGUAUGUAAAUAUAAAACAUUUUAUGACCUUUUUAUAAGACAGAAACUGAAAGCAUAGCAUUUAAAA